CAUCGAUAGAGCCAGGAGUUCAUAUGAGAUUUUCAUCACACAUUAGUGGCUGUGAAGAACUCCAUACCUCCUCCAACAGCAUCGGCAAUGCUCAAGUAUGAAUCUUCAUGUGAAUCAGAGUCCACUACAUCCGGCAUUGGCUUUGGGAGAGCGGAAAAAGUAGAAAGUGAAACCCAAGAUGAAGACGCGGCACAGAAUCUACCACAAUGUGAUCCGGCAAUUCCUGGAUAUGCUGGUCCUUACGAUUUCUCAUUCAGAUCUGGACUGUCCAACAUCCCAACUGGUUCUGGAGAGGCCAGCAAAUCGGUACCAGCUACAGAUGAUGAGAAGCAAGAUGGAGAGGCACCACGACGUCGGCUGGAAAUAGUCCUAGCGGAUCCUCUUCGUGUAGAAGAUGGGGAGGUUGGACCCGAUUUAAAGCUCCAGCAGACCGGAACAUCUUCAACUACCAGUAGUACACUUUCACUCGAUUGUCCGUCUUGCGAAAGGAAGAUUCCAAAGUAUGGAGCGCUGAACAAACUGACUUGUGUUUGUGGGCAUUCUCUAUGCUAUAUCUGCUGUGAGAGUGUCCCAUAUGGAUCUAACCGGGCUGCCUAUGAGCAUUUUUGCCUCCACGAGAGAUACAAUUCGGACAGACCGUGUAGACAAUGCACAUCUUGUCAUCUGUACGAUGUCUAUGAGCGUGAGGGGGAUAUCAAGCACGCGAGAAGCACUAAAAGAGAGAAUGUGCGAAUAAUGCCCGGAGCGGAGGACCGGGAAAAAUCUCAAGGUGUUUCGUCGGUGGGAUCGAAGAGUGGAAAAGUAAAUAUCUAUGCAAGAGUUACACAAAAUACCUCCACCACAAGACACGACAGGUGGGUUGCUCGACAGCUGCAGAGAGUGGCACUGGCCAGAGGGAGCACUUCGUCAUUCAAGGAUGAGCUUACUACUACUCAACCAGGAGUCCAUCUAAAUAAGAUGAUCAUUGAUUUAGUGGACAUGGAGGAGGAUAUUUGUCAGGAAAGUGAUGCUCCAGGUGGAGGUGCAGAGAGUUUAAGCCAGGACAGAAAUCUGAGUCUGAGUUUGUGUAGCAUUGAUGAGCAAAUGCAGCAGAUAGUUUUCUCGUCUGAUCAUGAAGCAGCCUCUGAUCAUAACUCACCGUUGCACGAGAAUUUGAUAGAGCUUGGAGAAGCUGAAGAGCUUGAAGUAGCUCAAGUGGAAAACGAGAUUAUUGAAUUUGAGCUGGGACGUAUCUCAGACAGUGAUGACGAGGAUGACGCAAUUUCCGAUGUGGAAAGGGAGCAGGGACUGCAGUCUGGAGAGCAGACGCAAAUCUUCAAGAUCUUCAAUCAAGAACAGAUUGAUCUGAAUAGAAAUGGCCCUGACAAUGAUGUUCAUCAUGCAGGAACAAGCGUGGAGCUUCAUGGACGAAAAUAUUACGAUCCGACAAGAGGUGAAUGUGAAAAUCAAAUAAAUUACACUUCUCUUGCAACAAGCCCUGUCCCAGAUACAGGUGAGGACAAAAACGUCAGUAGCAACAAUGAGCUUGGUGAUAAGAGUAGCUGCAAUUUAGAAUCUCGGAUAGCACAGGUCACUUCAAGGAUACCUCAAACCAGAUCUCGGAAGAGGAAAGAAGCUACGAUCAUGAAGGAAGAAUGAGAUUUCCUAUGAGCCCAACUUAACCCCAUCAUAAUGUUCCACUAAGAUACAAAAAAAUUGCAGCAGAAAAUCAAAACUAAGCUGUUGACCAAAAUCAAAUAACCUUAUUAAUACUUC